CAUUCCGUUAAAUUCUAGGGUUUCACUUUCAUCUCCUCCCGAUCCCGAUUGCUUCAGGAGAACUUUGUCGUCCCGAUCUGCUCGAGUUCCGUGUCUUCUUGACGCCUUUCUCUUAUUCUCGUAUCAGGCUGUCGAAUUCUUGCGUUUCUUUUUUCUUUUCUUGGUGGAGCGUUGUCCGGAAUCUGUAUCAGGGUCCGAAACUUCUGCGUUCCGUGAGGGUGGGCUGGUGAUGUUUACUCCACAGAGUAAGGGGGGCUGGGCCGGGUGGUCUUCCUCUCCGUUAAUUGGCAGAAGGCGGGAGAAUGGAUCGGCGUUGCAACGGACGAAUUCUGGUUCUGUUGGUGCUGUUCAUGGCCGGGGUAAGGGCGCGACUGCGUCAGAGGCAACACCACCGCUGCCAUCAUCGUCUUUGCUGUCUGAAAAUAUUGCUGAGGUGAUGGGUGGCAGUGAUGUCUCGAAAGAUUGUAAGAGGUUCGGGGAGUUGGGGCCUCUGGACGAGGGGAUGUUAUCUAGGGAGGACAAGGAAGAACUUUACGACAGGGUUUCUGCCCUCGAAAGUGAGCGUGAUGAGUGCUUAUACAACAUGGGUCUUCUUCUUAUUGAGAAGAAAGAGUGGUCCUCAAAGAUUGAAGAACUAAAGCAAGCAUUGAUAGAUUCACAGGAAAUUCUGAAGAGAGAACAGGAAGCACGUAUUUUUUCUAUAUCUGAGCUUGAAAAGCGUGAAGAAAAUUUGAAAAAAGCUUUGGGAGUUGAAAAACAGUGUGUUAUAGAUCUGGAAAAAACAUUGCAUGUGAUGCGUGCUGAAAUUGCGGAGACUAAAUUUAUAUCAGAUAACAGAUUAGCUGAUGCACGUGCAAUUGAGGCUAGCCUUCAAGAGAAAAAGAUGGAGAUUGAAGCAAAAGUGCGAGCUGCAGAUACUAAACUAGCAGAAGCAAAUCGUAAGAAUUCAGAUAGUGAGCGAAAACUGGAGAAUGUUGCAGCCCGUGAAUCUAAAAUUCAAAGAGAUCUUUCUUCGUUAUAUGCAGAGAAGAAAACACUUGAAACAGAUGUCUCUAAGCAGAGAGAACAUUUUCGUGAGUGGGAAGAGGAUCUUCAGGAUAAACAUAUUAGACUUCUUAAUGAGCAAAGUCUUCUUAAUGAGCGGGAGGAGAGGGCAAAUGAUCUGGACAUAAUUCUCAAGAAGAAGGAAGCAGAGAUUGAAGAUGCAAGAAAAAAUGCUGAUGCUGCUCGUAGUAUUCUGAAAAGUCAAGAGGAUGGUCUAAAGUUAAGGCUAAGGACUUUGACGGUUAAAGAGAAGGAUGUUGAGAUCAAGAGUUCAAACCUCGAGAAGAAGGAGAAAGAUCUGAUGGCAAUAGAAGAAAAGCUUAAUUUAAGGGAAAAUGAAGAGAUACAAAAGCUUUUGGAUGAGCACAAUGCGACUUUGGAUGCCAAGAAACGAGAAUUUGAGUUGGAGAUGGUGAAAAAACGGCAAUCCUUUGAUGAAGAGGUAAAAAAUCAUAUUUCUUUGUUGGACAAGGAGAAAAGGCAAGUCAGAUGCCAAGAGGAACAGCUUAUUAAAAGAGAAGAGGCAUUAGAUAACAAAACUAAUAAAUUAAAAAGUAAAGAAGAAGAUUUGGACACAAAAUCAAAAGCUUUGAAGAAGUGGGAAGAGUCGUUGAAAAUGGAUGAGAAAAAGUUGCAAGAAGAAAGAAAGCGGCUAAUCAAGGAUUCCAAUGAGCUAGAAGCUACUAGAGCUAAACUUCAUAAUGAGAAGUUGGCUAUUGAAACUGAGGAACAGAAGGUUGUCGUGGAGAAGGAAAAUCUAAGACUAACACGGGAAGAAAGAGAGCAGCAUCUUAAAUUACAAGAAGAGCUUAAACUAGAGAAAGAUGAGUAUCGGAUGAUGGCAGAGUCUCUUGAAAAUGAAAAGGAUGUGCUGAGGCAGGAGAAGGAGAAGUUUGAGAGAGACUGGGAGGUGCUGGAUGAUAGAAGAGCUGCAAUAGAAGCAGAGGUUAAACAGCUGAGUGCUGAGAGAGAAAAGUUUGAGAAGUGGCAACAUACGGAAGAGGAGAGGCUGAAGAAGGUUGACCUUCAGGCUAGAACUGCCUUGCAGAGGGAACUCGAAGAUCUUAGAUUGAAGAAAGAAGCAUUUGAGAAGAUGAUGGCCCAUGAGCGAGAAGUUGCUCAUGCGGAAGUUGAUAGGGAGCAUGCUGACAUGACUCGAGAAUUUGAUCUUCUUAAGCAUGAGCUUGAGAUGAACAUGCAGAGGAGGCAUAAUGAUGUAGAGAAAGAACUUGAAGAAAAGGAAAACAAGUUUGAAAGGUGGAGACAAGUGGAACUAAGUCGCAUUAAAUCUUUAAGCGAGUCAAAUGAUCUAAAGCGUAAAAGUUUGGAUAUGGAACAAAAUCAAUUGCAGAUGGAAAAGGCAGCAUUCACGGAUCAGAGGGGAAAAUUAGAAGCAGACCGACAAGAAAUUCAGAAUGACAUUGAUAUUCUACUUCGGCUAAGCAAGAAUCUGAAAGAUCAACGGGAAGAAUUCGCAAAAGAGAAAGGAAUGUUUCUUUCUGUUGUUGAGCAAUGCAAUACUUGUCAUAACUGUGGGGUUCCAAUUUAUAACAUUGAUCAUCUUGAUCUUCAGCCUUUGAAACCUAAAGAAAGUUGUGAAGAAAUUAUUUUGCCAAGCCUUGCAGAUGGGUUUCUGGAAGAGCAUAUAAAAGGUAGAGAUGCAGCUGUUUCACCUGGGGUUCAGGCUGUUGAGUCUACCAAUUCAGGUAGUCAAAUGACACGGUGGCUUCAAAGAUGUGCUAAUCUGUUCAAGGUCUCCCCUAAGAAUGUACAUGCACCUAGUGAAGGCCAGGUUGGAACCUCAUUUGGUGAGCAGCUUGAUAGCGCUGCUUUAGAGAAUUCUGCUUAUGAACCCUCUCCUUCAGCGAAUCAUUCCUUUGAACAUCAGGUUCAUUUUGAUGGUGGAGAUGGGAUGAAUGGACAACCAGGGAGAUUACAUAGAAAUGGAGAUGAGGCAGAAUCUUCUUUUGGUGUGGCUGAUAGUUCCAAAGAUAUUGUUAGGGUUAAAGAUAAUAGUAACCAAAAAAAUGUGGUAGUUAUUGAUGAUGAAAAUAAUGAUAUGCAGGGAUCUUUUAUUCAUGCUGAGAAUGAUUCACAGCCUGAACCAUCCAAGCAGGGGCAGCGACGUCAGCCCAGUCGGAAAGCAAAAGCCAAUCUCAUUCGGAGAACUCGCUCUGUAAAGGCUGUUGUUGAAGAUGCCAAAGUUAUUCUUGGUGAAAGUUUUGAGUUGAAGAUAGAUGAGCAACAAAAUGAUGAUGGAAAAAUUUUCCAAAACAUUCCUGAUGAGAGCCAAGGGGCUUCAGUACAAGCUGAUCAAGCAGAAACAAGAACAAAGAGAAAAAGGAGCUCGAAGGAACUAGAGAAAGAAGGAAGUGAAGCUCAUUCUGAAAGUGUCUCUCGAGGGCGGCACAGUAAAAGGCGACAGACUUCUUCUCUACUUCCAGCCGCUGCAGAUAGGCGCUAUAAUCUUAGACGUUCUACUGUUGCAAGUACAGCUGCAGCAUCCCAGGCAACAUCACAUCAGAAAGAAGCAUCCAAUGUUAGAAAGCUUAAGACAAUGCCUGAAAACAUUAUUAGGGAGGGUGGAUACGGUGGUGAAAGAAUUUCCGGCCAUGAUCGGCAACAAUCACGCCCUUUGGAAAACUCUGCUCAUUUGCCGCCUAAAUCCGCUAAUUCAAAUGUCCUGAAAGUUAAUUCUAAGGACACAGUUCAGCAGCAUGAAGACCAGGAACUCUAUCACGAUGCUGCUGUCCUCGAAUCCACCCAGUUCAGCGCUCAGACUGCCGAAGAAGGAGACGAAGUAGAUGGAGCUUCUCCGCCACGUGACUUGGAAAAUUCUAGUUCAGAUGUGGAGAGUGAGAGUGAUGAUAUGGAUAAGCACAAUGCUUCAAUCGGAAAGAAGCUAUGGAAUUUUCUCACUACUUAAUGUGCUAUUGAGCAUUUAAACAGUCGGUGCUUUGGAGCGAAUGACCAUAAGGUGAGUUAAACGAUGAUGUAAUUUAAUGUAAUGAUCGAAUUCUGGAUCAUGUAUUAUUCCCCCAGUCAUGAUGUAUUCAAAGAAUCAUGUAAUUGAGUAUUUACAAAUUUGUUGGCAUUAUUUCUCUCUCGUGUCAUGACACGCUCCACAUGCAAAGUUGUUUACUCAUUUACAUGCAUAAGGUUUGAGAAAAAAUACGUUUUGUCAUGCAUAAGGGGGUAUGUGUAAAAAUUGAAGUAUACAUGGUAGAUAUUUAAAUAUAUAGAAAUUGAUUG